UACGCCAACCGUCUCUUCAAGGCUUACCAGUUCUACUACUGGGACCCCUCUUGCCGGGACCCCUCCUACUCGCUGGUCAUCAAGGGCAAGCUGCGGCUGCAGGCCUCCGGGACCCCCCGCGGGGCCACCGAGGCCGACUACCACCUCCACAAAGUGGGCAUCGUUUUCCACAGCCAGAAAGCCAUGCAGGAGGUGGCCUCCUGGAUCAACCAGACCUCCGGCGAGGGCUGCAGCGGGUUCCUGCCCCCGGGGCGCACUUGGGCUCCGGGACCGCAGCAGAGCGGGAGCCGGCUGGUGGAGGAGCUGUACCUGGGGGACAUUCACACGGAGUGGGUGGAGAGGCUCCACUACCGACCGACCGGUUACCAGCGACCUAUGCAGAGCGCCGUGCACCACGUGCACCCUUGCCCUGCCUGUGGGAUUAUAUACAGAGCUGACGAGCACCACCCACCCAUCCUCCCCGUGAGAGCUCAGCUGCCAAUGCAGCUCAGCGGCAGCUGGGUGAGCACCCACUGCGAGGUCCGACCUGCCGUGCUCUUCCUCACCAGGUACUUCAUCUUCCACGGCAACAACCACACCUGGGAAGGCUACUACUAUCACUACUCCGACCCGCUCUGCAAACAGCCGACGUUCACCAUCUACGCCUCUGGGCAUUACACCCAAGGCAUCCCCUCCUCCAAAGUGAGAGGUGGCACAGAGCUGGCUUUUAAAGUCACCCAGGCUCGGGUGACACCGAUGGACCAGGUGACGGUGAUGAUGCUGAACUCCUCAGAACCUGGAAGCUGCGGGCUGACAAGCUCCUGGAGUGCUGGCGUGGAGCAGGAUAUAACGCCCACCAACGGAUGUUUGGCUUUGGGCAUCAAGCUGCCCCACACCGAGUACGAACUUUUCAAAACGGAGCAAGACAUGGAAGAGCGCAGCCUGCUGUACAUCGGCGAGAGGCCCACGGAUGGAUCCAGCCCCGACAGUCCCGACAAGCGGCCCACGUCGUACCAGGCACCUCUGGUUCAGUGUGCUGGCGCGUCAGAGGAAUUCUCUAACUACGUUAGUCUAAAAUACUUGGCAAAAAAGGAUGCUAAUGGGAACGAAGCACUAAAACCUUUGCCUGUGGCCUUUUUACUGUUUAUAGCACUUCUGUGUUUAAGAUGGGACUAG